AUGUAUAAUACUAAAUUAAUUUUAUCAUUAUUGGUCACUUUAUAUGCUGUGAUCCAAGUCACUAUUGCUGACGAUAAUUGUUUUUUGACAACUAGCACUCAAAUCUAUAAUUUCAAUGUAUUAAAAAAUCAAACAUUCACCUUCACAGAUUCAGGUAAGAACAUCUACUAUUUCAACAUUUGUGGAAUCAAUCAAAGAUGUACUGCGGUCAAUCCUAACAGUGGUGCCUGUCAAACUGGAUAUGAAAGCCAAAUGCUUUCCAACUGUGGUAUAGCAAACCAAUAUGUUCGUCCAUUGGCAAAUGGAGCCGCUGGUGGUUCUCUUCUAUACACUGGUGGAACUUCCUGUAAGUCAGGUACCAUUUCCAGAUCGACAACCAUCGAAAUGGUAUGUUCUACUGGAUCGACCAGAGUUGUUUCUGCUGUUGAAACUUCUACCUGUAAAUAUGUCAUCACACUUGACAGUCCAUUGGCAUGUGGAACACCAGUUCCAAUUACCACCACUACCACCACCACCACAUCGACCACCGGUUCACAAACCACUGGAUCUCAAGUCACUACCACUGGAGGAAGUACCACCGAUAAGAACAUCAUCACCACCACCGGUAGUAUCACCAAUCAAGCGGUCUCAACUACCGGUAGCAUUGGUACCAGCACCGGUCGUAUCUCAACCUCUGGAAGUCUUUCUUCGGCCACCGCUCAACCUCCACAACAACAAGAAUAA